GAAAAACAAGAAAAAAAAAAAUAUUCUGAACCAAUGGACUGCAGACAUAGUACAGGGGAUGACCAGAUACUGCGGACAUAGUACAGGGGAUGACCAAGAGACUGCGGACAUAGUACAGGGGAUGACAAGAGACUGUGGACAUAGUACAGGGGAUGACCAGAGACUGCGGACCUUUGGGGAGGGAGGGGGAGCGGGUACCUGAAUUUGACAGGUACCCGCUCCCACUUCCACGGAGUUGCCUUCCCUCUUCUUCCCGGGCCGGCUUCUGUGACAGCCGGGUGCCCACUGCGCAUGUGCGAGAAGCGCUGCGCUUUGUGAAUGGCCCGGUGCCUUCUGGG